UGUCAACUGAACUUUAAAGAUCAGACCGUAUGUAUCAAGUGUUGCCGAGUAGGAGUGCUGAUCUAGGAUCAGGUUCCCCUGGUAGGGCAAAACUGAUCCUAGAGCAGCACUCAUACUCUUUAGACACAUAACACAUACAGUACAGCCCCUGGUCCCUCCUGUCCAUGUAAUCUUAUGAAUUAUGAUUUUUUUUUUUAAGUCGAUCAGCACUCAGACGCUUGAUGCAUGCAGCAGCCCUAGAUCUGUGGGAAAUUGUUCAUGUAUAAUGCCGCAUCAUGCUUCAGUGACACUGCACAGCGACAGCGGACAUUUCAUUAAUACACCAGGGGGCGUCAAAAUACUUGUUCAUUUUGCACUUGAGCUUUUAAAUAGAUGGGUUGGUUGUUUAGCAACAAAACCAACGCGUGCGUGACUAUGGGACAAAAGACGGUUGGCUGAGCUAUGUAAACUAUAUUUCGUCUCCAAUGUUUUAAAUUAAUUUGCACUUGUCUCUCAAAUAAAUCGUUAUAGUUUGUUGAAUAGCUGGCGAUUUUUUUUUGUUGUUGCCAUAUUAGCAUUGACGUGAAAUCAGUGAAAAGAAGACAUGCUAUCAACAACAAAAUGAAACUAGCUGAAACGGGUCACUUGCGAUUCAACACAAGGGAAUUUCUUGCAUUUGUUGGUAGCUAUCUGUCCAUCCAGAAUCACAACAACUCGCGGACUUCUGCCACCGUUGAACUCGAGCUGCGUUUGCCUCCCUCUUGUGGCCCUGGUGGGUAGCGGUGCCGUGCGCGCAUCGGACGAGCCUGUGGCAAGUGCCUCCACCGAUUCUAGUGAGGAAAGGAGAAGCCAGCAAGCGUAUGCAGUUCCACCUUGUACACAGAUGGCCGUGUGACUCGUAUCUCGUCUAUUACGUACAUAAAUGAACGUCCUGAAGGUAUAUGCACGUAUAGGUUGUACAUGAUUAUCUCGCCACAACGAAGGGCUGACGGAGAACAAUGUCAUCAAACCAACGGAAAGGCAAGCAUCUUCAUGGCAGCACGUAGACAUACCGCCUGCUCUCAUAUAGACUGAGACUCGACGACUCGAGUGUGGAUUUUCAAGUUUGGAUUUACCAACAGGCAGCACUAAGGGGAAGCUUUAAAAGGAUAUCAUUUGAAAACGUCUCGUAUCUUGCCUAUUUUGAGGGAAUAUUGUUUUUAAACAAUUAAUGGCAAUGAAGUGCAAUUUAAAGGUCGCUUGAGCAACGUUUUUGAAAUAUUUUGGUUAGCUAUAGAGCUACAUAACAGGAAUAUACAUUAUAGGGCUUUAGCUAGCUUGUCUAUAAUACAUCCGAACGGACGUCAACGAGAUGAUACAUUUAGAAUUUACCUGAGGAGAUUCACCUUUUACACUUUGAAGGAGGGAUUUAUCCAGAAAAGGAGGAAAGGGACACCAGCUUCCCUCUCUCCCAGAGACUUGAAAGACUUUCCUCGGCCUGUGUGUGUGUGUGUGUGUGUGUGUGUGUGUGUGUGUGUGUGUGUGUGUGUGUGUAUAUAAGUUGGCAGAGGUGAAGCUUUAUUGAGGUACCCUCAGAAGGUGCAGGGGAAAGGCUAUGUACUUUAGGAGAUGGAGAGAAGGAAAGUAAGGAUCGAAAGUUAGUGUCGGUUGGGUGGAGAAAAGAAGCACUGUGCUGCUUAUCCAUUACCUCUGUAAAGACUCUAAAGAGAGGAGGAGGGAGUCUAAUCUAGUGGCAGGGCCCAGUCUCGUAGUCACCAGCAACACUGGAAGAACAGCAGCCAGAGAACCUAGAAGGUGGGUAAGAAGAGGACCACAAAAAGAGAGGAGAGACGGGGACUGAAGGAGAUCCAAAGGGUCGGAGGAGAGGACGGGGAGGAGGCAGCGGCGCAUCCCCAUGGCGACGGACCCUGGGGAACCCACAGGGACGGAGGACUCUUCGGAGAAACCUGUUGGCGCACGGGAGGAGGAGACGGACCAGGAGGGCAGCAGGAGGGAGAGGACACACAGCACCCCCUCAGACUUCCCCUCCUCCCAGACCCAGGAGAGGAGAACCGCAGAGGGAGGGGAGACAGGAGGAGGCGGCGGAAGGGGUGGAGGGCCCGGAGAAACCAGGGACAGUAAGGAAGUGGAGCCCCUGGCGGUUAGACCCAUGUCUCUCUCCACACCCUCGUCCCCGGCUGCGACUGCGGCGGCUUCAAGGUCAGGGGGUCACGGGCCGAGGCUGAGGAGAGAGAAGCGUUUCUUCAGGAAGAGUGUGGAGAUCUGUGAGGAGGACGAUGUGGUAGCGGAUCCCCCAGUGGUCUCCCACUCCGCCCCCCACCUGGACUCAGUCAUCACCCUCGGUGGCGCCCAGGCCGCUACCACCGCCUCUGCAGCCCUGGGACAUGACACGGCCAACAACGACCCAUCCAACCUCAGCUCCACCCAGGACCCCGGGGCCAAGGACACCCCCUCUUCCGCCCCACCCCAGACGGGGAAGGAGAGAGACAGGGAGCAGGAGGAGGAGGCAGAGAUGAAGGCCGUGGCAACCUCGCCGGGGGGGAGGUUUCUGAAGUUUGACAUUGAGCUGGGGAGGGGUGCCUUCAAGACCGUUUACAAAGGCCUGGACACUGAGACCUGGGUGGAGGUGGCCUGGUGCGAACUACAGGACCGUAAGCUGACCAAGGCGGAGCAGCAGCGUUUUAAGGAGGAGGCAGAGAUGCUGAAGGGCCUCCAGCACCCUAACAUUGUCCGUUUCUAUGACUCCUGGGAGUCAGUGCUGCGAGGGAAGAAGUGCAUCGUCCUGGUCACCGAACUCAUGACCUCGGGAACCCUCAAAACGUACCUGAAGCGUUUCAAGGUGAUGAAGCCCAAGGUCCUGAGGAGCUGGUGUCGUCAGAUCCUGAAGGGCCUCCAGUUCCUCCACACCCGGACCCCUCCCAUCAUCCACAGGGACCUCAAGUGUGACAACAUCUUCAUCACCGGCCCUACCGGCUCCGUCAAGAUCGGAGACCUGGGAUUGGCCACUCUCAUGAGGACCUCCUUCGCCAAAAGUGUCAUAGGUACUCCUGAGUUCAUGGCUCCAGAGAUGUACGAGGAACAUUAUGAUGAGUCUGUUGACGUCUACGCCUUUGGGAUGUGCAUGUUGGAGAUGGCCACCUCAGAAUACCCCUACUCAGAGUGCCAGAACGCUGCGCAGAUCUACCGCAAAGUCACCAGCGGUAUAAAACCAGCCAGCUUCGAUAAAGUCAACGACCCAGAGAUCAAAGAGAUCAUCGGGUGCUGCAUCCGCCAGGACAAGAGUCAGAGGCUGUCCAUCCGGGACCUGUUGACCCAUGCGUUCUUCGGGGAGGACACAGGGGUGCGUGUGGAGCUGGCGGAGGAAGACACGGGCUGUCAGGACUGCCUGGCCCUCAGGAUCUGGGUGGAGGAGCCAAAGAAGCUGAAGGGAAAACACAAAGACAAUGAGGCCAUCGAGUUCAGCUACGACCUGGAGAACGACAGCGCAGAGGAGGUGGCUUCGGAGAUGGUGAAGUCAGGCUUCUUCCACGAGAGUGAUGCUAAGGUGGUGGGUAAAUCCAUCCGCGACCGUGUCACGCUCAUCAAGAAGUCCCGUGAGAGACGCCAGCAGCAGCUGCUCCAACAGCAGCAAGGCUUUGAUGAGAGACGGGACUCCACCCUCACCUCCGCCACCUGCUCUCACCUCUCCUCCCUGGGGCCUGGGGUGGCUGGGCUGACAGGGGGAGGUGGAGGAGGGCAGGGGGAGGUUGAGGAGCUACCAGAGGUGGAUCAGCAUGUGAGGCAACAGCAGCAGAUCCACAGUGGGAAUCCUCUGAGCCUGCCCAAAGGAGGUGAGAGCAUUGGCUCAGCCAGCUGUGAAUCCUAUACCAGUGGCCAGAGCCAGGCAUACCCACAGCAAGGGGAGUCAUACGUGCUCUCUCAACCCAGCCUCCCUGCUGCUGCCUCGGUAAUUUUGGCCCACCACGAAAUGCUCCCGAUUGGUCAGAGCGGAGGAGUUCCGAACGUGCCUAUUGGUCAGAGUGGUGGGAUUUCCGCCAUGUGCAUUGGUCAAAGCAGUGGUGGGGCACCUGUUGGUCAGCAGACUUACGUUCAGCCCGUUGCUAUGGCAACGCAAGUUUCACCAGGUGUACCACAGCAGUAUUCUCAGUCAUACCAUUCAGAUGGAUCACAGAUCGCACCAAUGGCCCCUUCCCAGUCCUGCGCACCCCCAGUCUCGCCCCAAGCCCAGCUUAACAUUCUUCCAGCUCCCAUUUCAGUGGGAGACCCAACAGCACUAGUGGGGGUUGGUGGCAUGGAGGCCAUGGUCCCUCUCCCACAACAGACCCAGGCCAAUGUCACUCCUAACAUCAUGCAGGCCUCUGACAUCCAGAUGACACCCCAGCCUUUAACCCAGCAAGCACAGCCUUUCAUGAUCACCCAACAGCAGACCAUUGGUCAACAACAACAGAUACUGAUGGAGCCACAGCAGCAGCAAAUGGAGGCUCAACAAACCACCCUGCUUCAGCAGCAACAACCACACCAACAACAACAGGCCAAUGUAAUUCCCCAGAAGGCGGUACUGAUACAGCAACAUAUAGAGCAGCAGCAGCAGACUAUAGCAAUCCAACAGCAGCAAACUACUGAGCUUCAGCAGCAAGUGUAUGUGCAGCAAGCUUUGGUUCAGCAGCAGCAGCAAAUGCAACAGCAUCCUCAGCAGCAGGCCUUACUACCACAACAACAAUCAAUGGACCAACAGCAGCAACAACAACAGGCAUUGUCAUUACAGCAAGUGGAUCAAACCCAAGCCUAUGUGCAACCACCGCUAAACGACCUACAACAGCAGCAACAACUGCAACAGCAGCAAACAUUGUUACUACACCAGCAGCACCAGAUUGAACAUCAGCAACAACAACAAGCGAUGUUACUAGAACAACAACAGCAAGUGUACAUACAACAGCAGCUUGAGCAACAGCAGCAACAGGCGUUGCUACAAAAGCAACAACAGGCACGACUACAACAGCACCAACUGGAGCAACAGCAAGCGCUGUUACAACAGCAAAUAUUUGAGCAACAGCAGCAGCAAGCGAUGUUACAGCAGCAGCAACAAGAGCAGCAGCAACAGCAAGCCUUAAAGCAACAGCAACAACAGGCGCAACUACAGCAGCAACAGCUGGAGCAACAGCAAGCGCUGUUACAACAACAACAGUUCGAGCAACAGCAGCAGCAAGCGCUCCUACAGCAGCAACAACAACUGGAGGCUCACCAAGCGAGCCAGAUCCAACAACAACCAGAAAUGGAUCUACAACAGCAGCAACCACUGCAUCAACAACAGCAAGCUGUGCUGCAACCACCGACCCAACUACAACAACAUGCGGUCGUCAGUCAUCCAAUCGACUCACAGCAAGCUGUGCUACAGCAACAGUUGGAACAACAGCAAGCUCUGCUACAACAGCAACAGCUUCAGCAGCAACGAGCAGUUUUACAGCAGCAGCAAUUGGAGCAACAGCAACAACAGGCACAACUGCAACAGCAGCUGGAGCUACAGCAGCAGCAAGCUUUGUUACAACAACAGAUCGAACAACAACGGCAACAGCAGGCGUUGCUACAUCAACAACAAGCAGAGAGACUGCACCAACAGGCUUUGCUACAACAGCAGCAGCAACAGAUUCAACAACAGCAAGAGACUGGGCAACCGCAGCAGCAAACCGCCAAUAUUCAGUUACAACAAAGCGAGAAACAAGAGACCACUUUGAUUCAGCAACAAUGUGAGCAGUUGCAAGCUUUGAUUCAACAGCAACAAAUUGACGUGUGUUUGUUGCAACAACAACAACAACAGCAAAACACUGCUAUGUUUCCAGCUAGUCACACUAGCCUAACGCAGCAGCAAGUGACAGAACAACAGCAAGUAGCUCUGAUACAACAGCAACAACAACAACAACAGCAGCAGCAACAACAACAAGCUGUAUUACUGGAGCAACAACAACAAGCGUAUGUUGUCCAGCAACAACAGCAGGGCCAUCAGAGCUCUGUCGUUGAACCUCCGCCUCAGAUCCCCCUUGUAGCCCCAACCCUACCAGCAGCAGAGGUUAUACAGGCCAUGCAGGUCCAAGCUCAGAUGGCUGCCCAAGCCCAGGGUCAGGGAGCCAAACCUGUAGCCAUUCAGCCACAGAUUCCCAGCCAGGCUCCAUCGGCUGUAGUGCAAGCCCAUGCCCAAGUCCUGGCCCAGAUUCAAGCUCAGAAUGAAGCUCACCCUCAGAGCCAGGGCCAUUUCCCAGUCCCAGUACUCCAGGCCCAGCCUCCACUCAAAGCCCAGCCCCAGAUGAUCGAGGUCCAGAUUCCACCUCACGUGGUGGCCCCGAUCCAGGCACCAAGUCCUCCGAUCCCUAUCCAGUCCCAGGCUCCUCUAGUACAGGCUAUCCAUCAGAUCCCAGCUCAAAUACAGACCCAGGCUCCAGUGCAGUCACUCAUCCAGCAGACUCCCCAGCCUCUGCAUCCAACCCAAGCUUUGAAUCCGAUUCCAGCAGUUGUUGAGACUCAGAUGAUGCCUCCUAUGAGGCAGAGUCCAGCUCUGGCCCAACCCCAACCUCCAGUCUCAAUAACCCCCAUGCACAGCCAGAUCCAAGCCCAACCCCAGCACGAGUCUCCAGUGCAGCCCAGUGUUCAGCACCCAGGUCUAGCGCAGCCUCAACUCCGCCCCCAUGCUCCAGCUGUACUACUGGCACCGCAGUAUGUCACUACACCUCAGCCCACCCAACAGCAAGCCAUACAGCCAGUCCUGCAACAACAACAUCAGGACAUCACACAACAAGUUACCCAGCAACAGCAGCAGGUACUGUUGGAGCAACAGCAGUCCAUGGUGCAGUACCAGCAGAUGAUGCUGUCUCCUGGAUCUGUUGGUGUUGGAACUGUCAUGGCACCCCCUGCCUCCACAGUCAUAGACCCUACCACCUUGGUCUCUGCUUUGCCUCAACACAUACAACAACAGACUGGGCAAGUGUAUAACCAAGGCCAGCAGGUACAGCUACAACCACAAGUACAGCCUGUCCCACAGCCACAACAGCAGCAACUGCAAGUAACAGGAUGCCCAGCUGUGGUGCAGCCGUUAAACCAACACAUACCUCAGGCCCAGUCUAAAUCUAUGCUGCCUCAACCCAUUCCCAUGGAGCAAUACCAACAGCAACAGCUGGUGCAACAGGUUCCACAAGUCGUACAACAGAAACUCCCAGAGCAGCUUCAAGCUCAGACAACCCCACCCUCAAUUCAGCAGGCUCUGCAGUCUCAGCAAGUCUCAAUUCCCGACCCAAGUCAACUGGCUUAUCAGCUUCCUCAGAUACCCCCACAUCUGUUGCCCCAGCAGCCCACUGUUAACCCAGCACAGACAGCAUCCCCCAGUAACGUGCCCCAGCUCGGGACUCAGACUAGAGCACUACCCUUGUACAGUCAGGUAGUAGCAGGAGCAGGAGGUCCGCCACCAUCCCCCCAGCACCAAGCACAGCUGACACAGUCGCUACCCACCCACACACACACCCAGAUGGCCAUGCAAGCUCAGGCACACACCCAGACACUGGCCCAAGCGCAUGCCCACACCCAGACCCAGCUCGCUGAGGCCGCAUUGGCGGACUCCACCACCGAGCAACAGCCCCCUCUGAAUCCUCCCCAGGCUACUUCCCUCCAUCUUCCACAGAUGCCCCCCAGUCCUUCUCAUACAUCGUCUCACCCCCACCCUGCCUUUCUGCCACCCCUCCAUCCUGCUACCCCUGGCCCAGAGACCCAGCCCACCCCACCAGAGAGCCAACUAACCCUGUCUGGCCUGGCUGAUGUCCCCUCGGGCCCGACCUCUCCCCAGGCUGUUGCCGCCGCUGCCCAGCCCCUUGACUCUAACGCCCCCUCGCUGCUGCACCCCACCUCAACCUCGCUCCAAGACUGUGACCCUGCUCUACUGGGCAUUGCUCAGGAGAGUCCAAACCAGUCUGGCACAGAGAGACACUCCUCUUCAGGUGCUGUUCCAGCCAAUGGGGAUGGGGAUCUACAGAUGUUGUUAGCCAAUGGAAAACUAGAGAGGGUGAAGUCUCAGAGGAGAUUGUCCUAUCGGGGGGCAGAAAAAGGAUCACAUGCAUUUCAACUGAGUAUGAUCCAGGUGUCCGGCUCUGGGGACAACAUGGUGGAGUGUCAGCUGGAAACCCACAGCAACAAGAUGGUCACCUUUAAGUUCGACACUGAGGGAGACGCACCUGAAGACAUCGCAGAUUACAUGGUGGAGGAGGAUUUUGUCCUUGAGUCAGAGAAAGAUACAUUUGUGGAAGAGCUGAGGUCCAUUGUCAAGAGAGCUCAGGAAAUUCUCCUCGCACAUCAACAGACUGGAUCUAUGGAACAGCUGCAUGUGAGCACUCCAACAGGCACAGCAAUGGACUGGGCGCCUCAGUCGUCUCCGGUACGCAGAUGGAGGUUCUUCAUCAACCAGACCAUCAGACACAGAGACUCCACGUCCAGCCAGGGAGGAGCGUCCACCCCUCCACCUCUCUCGACCGGAGAGGUCAGGGUGCCCCAGUCUACAGACACUGACAGAGAGGGGGGCGGAGGAUCCCAGAGAUCGGACUCCUCCUUCGCUGGAAUGGUCUCCUCUCCUCCUCCCCGCUCCACGUCCACCCUGUGUGUCCCUGCCACCGCCUCCUCCCCCCCUGCCUCCACCUCCGCCUCCACCGUUUCUGCCCCUGCCUCCAUGUCUGCCCCCCCAGCCCCUGCUGCCCCCGCUCCUGACACGACUGCCUCUGCUGCCUCUGACAGUAGGGUUUCUGCCCUGACUUCUAGUCUCGCUAGUGCAGUUGUUGCCUCAGUCCCACACCCAGUCCCCGCUGCCUCGGCUGGUCUAGGCCUAGACCUGCAGGCUUCCAUUAACCAAACUUCCAGUGCCACCACAGCAACAUCCACCAUCCCAACCACCGCUGCCAACCUCCCAGUCCCUACCAUGGUAGCUGCUUCUGCCACCAUCGCACCCACUAACACCCCCUCUCCAACUGAAGCUCUGACCUCCCCAGCUACUAGUGGGGGCUCUAUGGUGAGCCAGGGCCAAGGACCAAGCCUGGGUGAUGUAGUAAAGGUGGUCACCCUAGGACAGUGUGUGUCUGGAGGGGACCACUCAUCCACUGGCUCAAUCCAACCUCCAGUGGCUGUGGCUGCAGCCGUGGCCUCUCCUCCUGUUAGCCGUGCCGGUCUGGAGCAGCAGCAACAAACUCUGCCUCAGAUGCAGUGCAUGGCAGCCCAGGCUCAGCCUCAGGUCCGGUUACAACAGCAACUCCAGACAGUGCAACAGGUACAGCAGCAGCAACCGCUCCUAGAACAACAACAACAACACCUGAAGACUGUGCAACUCCAACAGGUACAGCAACAACAGCAAGAGUACCAAGAGCAGAUACAACUGCAGCAGCAGAAGCAGCAACACGCAUUGCAACAAUCUAUUCAACAGUUGCAGAUGCUGCAACAACUACAGCCACAACAACAGCAGCAGUCUGAGGUACAUUUGCAGCCCCAGCUCAGUCACACAGAGCCGUUACAACAACAGUGUAUGUCCCUGCAAUCACAGACAGAGAUGUUGCCGCUGGCACUACAGCAACAGACUCUGCAAAUGCCUGUCCAAAUGCAGAAUGCAAAGUACAAUGCACAGUUACACAUGCAACAGCUACACCAGUUGCCACCACCACAGCAACAACAACCAGUCAUUUCACAACAACAGGCAGCGAUUGACUUGCAGCCACAGCAUCAGCAACAGUUAGCUCUGCAACAAGCACUGCAUAUUCAGCAGCAACAGCAAAUGCUCCAGCAACAGCAGCAACAGCAGCAACAACAACAACAGCAGCAGCAGCAACAGCAGCAGCAGCAACAACAACAACAGCAGCAGCAGCAGCAACAACAACAGCAGCAGCAACAACAGCAGCAACAGCAGCAGCAGCAACAGCAACAGCAACAGCAGCUGUCAGUGAACCAACAGUAUGUCCAACAACAAUCAGUACAGCCACUAAACAUGGCGCUGGUACAACAGCAAGCUCAACAACUCCCUCUAGAACCGACACAACAACUAGUACAGCAACAUCAGCAGCAGCAGCAACAACAAAAACAACAAGAGGUUAACCCUCAGCAGCAGCAGGUGCCCCAGCAGCCUCCUCUCCAGAAGCAGCCGUCAUUACAACAGUCAGAGUGGGAGAGGUCUACAGAGGAGGACAGUGUGACGGAGGAUACAGGCAGUCACUCUGCCCCUCUACACCCCUCCUCAGACGUAUCUCUGCCCCCUUUGCCCCUCAACAUUAACACAACCUCCGAUGCCCCCCUACCGCCCCUCACCCUGACCCCAUCCCCAGUCCAACCAUCCUCUGUGGCUGAGUCGGACAGCGAGGGCCCUCCCAAAAUCGAGUUUGUAGACAACCGCAUUAAGACUCUGGAUGAAAAGCUAAGGAACUUGUUGUAUCAGGAGUAUAGUAGUGGGGCAGCUGUGACGGGGGGAGCUGCUGUGGCUUCUACCGCAGGGGCCACCGCAGUGUCAGCAGCCUCCACAUCGGCAGGAGGGGAUGAAUCCUCGGAGCCGCACUCGCUCCAACCCUCCUCCUUCCCUCCUCCCGUGUUGUCCUCCUCAGACACCUCUCCUCACUCCUCCUCCUCCACCACCUCCUCCACCACCUCCCGCUCCUCCUCCACCUCUCCUGACCUGGAAAGGGGGAGAGGAGUGGGGGAGGAGGCUCCACCAGCAAGCCCGGUGGAGCAGCAGCCCGGCCCAUCUCUCUCCUCCGCCUCCCUUGCCUCCUCCCUCCUUGCCUCCCCACACGGAGACUCGGCCGGGCCCCCGCCUAUCCCUGGACAACCCACCGUUUUUGCUGCCCCCCCUCACUCUGACACCAGUACCCCAGGAGAAGUCACUACGUGGCCCCCAAAUCUGCACCCCAUCCCCCUGGGCCCUGGAUCGCCGCCACAGCACAAUGCAGGAGGUGGAUAUUUUGGCCUAAACCUGACAUGUCCUAGUAUCAGAAAUCCCGUUAGCAAGAAAUCCUGGACUCGCAAAUUCAAAAGCUGGGCGUACAAACUGCGCCACUCCGCAAGCUUGUUCAAGAAGCCCAGAGUCCAGCAAGACUGUCACUCUAGUGGCAGUCAGGCAGUCAGAGAGGAGAGAGAGGGCGCUUCCUCCAACCCUCUCCACUCACUCAAGGGACGAUUUCAGGUCACCCCAGUGCCCCAGCCCCCUGAGGCCUCUCCCCCCAAGGAGGCAGCCUGCGGUACGGGCAGCAGCCACAGGAAAGUGGGGCGCUUCUCUGUGACCCAGACGGAGGCCCAGAAAGAACUGACGGACAGCUCCCCUGUGUCUCCUGACCUGGAGAGAGAGAGGAGGAGGACCCGAGGGAAGGAGGGAGAGAGGGAGGAGGGGAAGAGGACUCCAGCACUGAGCCACCCACCCCGAGGACAUGGUCACGGGCAUGGUCAUUCUCCCCUGGGCAGUAGCGAUGAUGAGGAGAGUGAGAUGGAGGAUGAAGACCUGAGGAAGGAGCUGCACACGCUGAGAGAGAAGCACAUCAAGGAGGUGGUGUCCCUCCACACUCAGCAGAACAGAGAGCUCCAGGAGCUGUACAGACAGCUGCGCUCCCUCAAAGACCACCGGCAAACCCUGCCCCGCACCCCACCCUUCCCCUCAGGGUCCCCAGCCCUCUCCCCCCGCAGGCCCAGGCCGGCCAAAGCCAAGCUCCGGCCCAGACCCCACUCCCACAUGGACAACAAUGGACUCGCUGGUCACCCCGGUAUACAACAGUCCAGUAGUUUCUCAGGGGGAGAACAGAGAAAACUGCCGCCAUACUGCAACCCAGAACAAACCACCCUACUGACUACCAAAAGAGACCACAGUCCUCCCUCCCAGGGUGCCAGAAAGAGCAUGUUCACAGAUGACUUGCACAGACUGGUUGAUGAUUGGACGAAGGAGACAGUGGGUCCCGCCACUCCCAAGCCCUCGCUCAAUCAGAUCAAGCAGAUUCAGCAGGUGCAGGAGUUGGGAGGGUGGCCACAGGCCACAGAGGUGGCUCCUCCUGGUUGGUUCCCUGUGGCGCCACUGAACCCCCAGGCCUCUCCAGCCCCCUCCAGCCUCACUGCUCCAACCCCAGCUCAGUACACCACUGGGGGGAGCCUGAGCCAGUGGAGCGGGGUGGGGGGACCACCAGGACCCCAACAACAAACACACAUGCCUCCAGUCCCUCAGCUGCAGCAAAGUUUACAUCUCCAGCAAGCCCAGCCUACUCACCCAUUACAGAUACAGCCCCUAAUCCAGACUCCACUACUGUCUCAGUCCCUGUCUCCCGUAGAGCCACAGACAGGGCAACAACAGAUACCCCAGCAGCCCCAUUUAGGUGUAGUAGCCCCACCUCCGAAUCAGAAUAAACCUCUGUUGCCUUCCCAGGUGUCCCCGUCGUCUCAGUUGGCCCUAGCUCAGCCUGAGUGUCUGAUUCCUGGGUCUAGCAACAAUGCGGUAGUGGAGCCCAUAGACACUGGCGCUGCUCCUGCUGCAUCUGCCCCCGGUGGCCCCGGGGGGACAUUGUGCUUCUGCUCCUCCUCCUCUUCCUCCUGCUCCUCCUCCUGCUCUGCUGCUGCUCGACCAUCCAGUGCCAAACUUCACCCCACGCCCCCAACCUCCACUCUUCCUCUGGGACAGCAGUAAAAAGAAAAUGAGAGGGGAAGAGUGAGUUGGAUUAGGAUGGAACGAGGGAAGUAGAAAAAAAGAUGGAGAUGAUGGAUGUGCAAAAACCAUGAAAGUUUGAGAGUGUUUAUGUUAUGAGAGGUAACGUCUGACAAUGACAAAAUGGACGCCAUUAUAUUUGUAAAGAUGAGAUGGGAAGUGAAUGUGAGAGAUGGUUGAGUCUAUGUAGACAGAGUAUGUAGAGACAGAGGGCAAUAUGGAACUGUGGGGGGGGGUCAUGAUACUGGUGUGUUUGAGAUGUACAAAAUUAGGUACUGUGUGUAUUUGUGUGUGUGUGUGUGUGUGUGCGUGUUUGUGUUGACAUUGAUUUCCUCAGUACAUAUUCCUUGUGUGUUUUGACACCAAGUAACAGCCAUGUUAUUUUUAAAAUCCAACUAAGUUUGACCCAGAACUCUUCCUCCCAAGCUGAGACAUGAAGGAACACAAAACAUUCACAUUAUUAUGCAUUGACAUAUAUUUUUUGUUGUUUUUAUUUGUCAAUGCUUACUUAUAUCGAAAAGGACUAUGAAUUUUAAAAGUGCAAUUAGUAACUGUCAUCUAAAUUGUAUCAUCCUGUGAUGUCCUGAUUUUGUCUGUGGUGGCGUUUAACCAAAUCAUUUUGUAGAAGCACGUUAACAACCAACCAAACAUUUACGCAUUAACUGACCUCUUACAGUAUAGCACAAAUGUUUCAACAGGCUACCAAUGAGAUAUAAAGUAGGUGCAACAACAGCAUGUUACAGUAACACCACAGAGCAUGGUAAUAGUGGUGCUACCUGGCUAUUAUCACUACCACAAUGCCACUAAGCACACUGUUGUACAGUGUAGUGCACGGGCAAGGCAUGUACUUUGUGGAUUAUAAUUUUUUACAUUGAUAAAAAGUGUCAAUCAGUAGAUUAAAGAAGAUUUUAAAUAACAUGUUGAGUAACAUGAUGAAAUUGUGAUCAAUAUAUGCUGAUAUUUUGAUUUAAUUGAUGAAUAUGUUCAGUGAGCUUUCAUUGAAUAAACACUCAUCAAAACACUAAGACUGCAUGACCUUACGGCUACAAUGUACCUUGACUUGUCUGCAAUCUGCUUGCACUUGUGCUUAUAUUUCUCACGUCUGCUGCUGUGCACAACAACAAACUGAGGUAAUUUAUUGAUCAGAAAUAAAUCUGUUUUAUUUGAGCUAGAAUCAAUUUGUUUUAGGGAAAUGUUGAAUUUCCUCACUACCAAUCGCUACCCUGCAUAUCAAAGGUGUCAUACAAGGAAAACUGAUAAGAAAACAAACUGCCAAGUCAUUUUAUGGAAUGGGGAAACCAACUGUAUAUGGGCUGUCCUCAUAUUGCCUUUUAGAAUUUAUACUUUACUGUGUGUGUGUGUGACUGUUUUCUUUUGUGUGACAAAAGCUUUGUAAUAUUGCUGCACUGCAUCACAAAUCGAAUCCCCACUACUUCCAUAAAAGCAGACUCUCACAUUAGUUGUUACUGUACCAGAUUGUUUACCUAUAGAGCCCAUCAUGUAUUGGUUCUGUCCCUCCUCAAGACGUCAAAGAAGUCAGUUAUGUGAGUGGCGCUCGGACCCAUAAAGUCCAUAGUUAUACGGUGCGUCCCAAAUGGCACCCUAAUCUUGUAAAGUAGGGUACCAUUUGGGACAUGGCUUUAGGGCUCCCGAGUGGCGCAGCGGUCUAAGGCACUGCAUCUCCGUGCUAGAGGUGACACUACAGACACCCUGGUUCGAAUCCAGGCUGUAUCACAACCGGCUGUGAUUGGGAGUCCCAUAAGGCGGCGCACAAUUGGCCCAGCGUGUCAUUGUAAAUAAGAAUUUGUUCUUAACUGACUUGCCUAGUUAAAUAAAGGUUCAAUUAAAAAAGUGUAAUUAAAAAAAAUUGUUGUUAGACAGCAUUGUGAGAGCCUCACUGGGCUAUUUGUCAAGACAGAGUACUUUUUCUGGAUUUAAUUAUUAGUGAACAUUUUUGUCCUUAACAAGUUAUUUUACGUGUGAAUUACUCUUUUGUAAAUUCGACUAGAAGGAUCUGUUAAGUGCUGCAUGAACACAGCAAAAGGUUUACUGACUUCCAUUUCUCAACUUACUCCAGUGAGUGACAGAUACAGGGAUGCACAUGGGAAAUGAGAUACAGUACAAUCAUCAUUGCAUUUAGCUAUACAUACAAAUUUGACCAUUGAUAAAUACAUUUUCUGAAAGCUUACUUGGUACUAUAAGUUUUAUAGUUAAUGCAGUAUUUCUGUUUUUAUUUAAAUGUAUAAUGAUAGAGAGUUUUUCCCACAGCAAAGAGAGCAUAUGUGAAAGACUGCUUAAAAGUGAGCUGAAAACUACUGAAAGUGGAAGGAGGAAAAACAAAACAUUCAAAUUCUUUUUGGGGAGCUAAAACAGUUGGUGCUUAUAGUUGUUCACAAACUAAACACUUUACCAAUUGCAUAUGAAUAUAUAGUUUAACAUAAUGGUUUUCAGUAUUUAUGUUUUAUUUUUAUGAGACAACCCACAUUUUCACAGUAAUAUAGUUUAAUAUUAUUAGUAGAGGGGAGGAAGUUACUGUGCUGUCAAGUCAAUACUAACAUGUUGACCAUAUGUCACAGCUUUGAUGAUAUUCAUGAAAAGGAAAUGUGGAACUCGCCCUGAUGUGUUACCAAAAUGUAAUCUAAAGGAAAAAAAUAUUAUUUUUGUAUUUUGAAAUGGGGUUGUACAAAAUGUAAAGUCGUGUUCUUCUGAUCAGUAUUUUAAAAUAUAUCUGAGGUUAUCUGACACUAGAAACAUUGCUUCUUAUCUCUGUUGGAGUCCCCCCAGGAUAUAUUCUAUUCCUCUCAGACUUUGUGUUGAAACAGAGUAAUAGCUACAUCAUGUUUCAAUUGUGAGAGGUUUUGUCAGUAUGGUUCUAAUCAUAGAGAUAUACUGUAUCAACUUGUUUUUAUCUCUACAGAAACUUGAUUCACUGGACAAACAAUGAAACACCGUCAAGAGGUAGGCCUAGACUACCUUUAGGCCAUUGGGCUCAUCUAACACACACUUGUCCUGAUAUUACACCUGACUGAGAACCAAUGAUUUAGAAGGACAUUUAAAUACAAAAACCUAGAAAUAAAACAUAUGUUUCUGGUGAUUUAACCUCUGUAAUAUUGUAACUAAUUCAAUUGUUGAUUUUAUUUAUGUUUUUGUAACUAAUCAAAAUAAAUGGUGUUAAACAUCAAACUGUU